GGCAGGUCUACUGGCUCAUGUAUGCACCAGCCUCGCCGAUCUCUUGCAGUUGCAGGCUUGCAGGAGCAGAGCCCGAGCCAGAGGUGGUGCCCCAUGGCAGCAACUGUACCGAGCCUUCAUUUACCAUGGGCAUAACUAGCUAGAUCCCGGCCAGUCAUGAUGAGAGAGAAGUGAACAUUGGCUGCUCCUGCUUCUUUAAGAGACGCCUUUGCUUGUAGCAACUUGGACACAGAGGAGAGAGAGAGAGAGAGAGAGAGAGAGAGAGAGAGAGAGAGAGAGAGAGAGAGAGAGAGAGAGAGCUGAAGGGCAAGGCAAUGAGGAGGCUGCGCAUUGGCAAGGUCCUGGACUGCUUCUCCUUCGCCCUGUGCGCGAGCACCUGCGUCUGCAUUCGCGCGCUGGAAGACGAGGAGGAGGCGGCCGUCGAGAGGAAGGCGCUGGUGGGCGAUCACCGGCAACUGGAGCAGGCGCUGAGGCUCAAGGACGUCGUCGAUGGAACCAGGACGCUCGGCUUCCAUCUAGAACCGAAGACGGUGGAGCUCAGGGUGUCCAUGCACUGCAACGGGUGCGCCAGGAAAGUUCAGAAACACAUCUCCAAGAUGGAAGGUGUGACAUCGUUCGAGGUGGAUUUGGAGAGCAAGAAGGUGGUGGUGAUGGGGGACGUCACGCCGUUCGAGGUGCUGCAGAGCGUCUCCAAGGUGAAGUUCGCGCAGCUGUGGAUGGCCCCCAACUGACUGACGGUGGCGGAUCACCAGCAUGCCGAUUUUUUUUAACGGCGCUUCCCACGAUGUGGUCUUCAUUGGAGAUUUGAGGUGUGAGACGGAGGCUCGAACUCUAGCUGGUUCGACUCCAUUUGGAAGGUUGCUACUAAGUUCUGUGAUCAUCCGCGCCAAACCAGCUGUUGGAUUUCGAUCCUUCCUUCCGAAAAAUAGGAUCAAGGCUUCUCAUGGUAUAU